GUGCAAACAUUUCCGUCAAAGCAGAAACAACCUUGAAGAACCUUGGCGGUGUGUCCAGGAGUUUAGGAAACUUAGGGAUGGAGCCCCCCACGAUGAACCCAGUGGUGGAGCCGCUGUCCUGGAUGCUGGGCACCUGGCUGUCCGACCCGCCCGGAGCCGGCACCUUCCCGACGCUACAGCCCUUCCAGUACCUGGAGGAGGUACACAUCUCCCACGUGGGCCAGCCCAUGCUGAACUUCUCGUUCAACGCCUUCCACCCGGACACCAGGAAACCGAUGCACCGGGAGUGUGGCUUUAUCCGCCUGCAGCCCGACACCAACAAGGUGGCCUUCGUCAGCGCCCAGAACACAGGCAUCGUGGAAGUGGAGGAGGGCGAGGUGAACGGGCAGGAGCUGUCCAUCGCCUCCCACUCUAUCGCCAGGAUCUCCUUCGCCAAGGAGCCUCACGUGGAGCAGAUUACCCGAAAAUUCAGGCUGAAUUCUGAAGGCAAAUUGGAGCAGACGGUCUCCAUGGCAACCACUACCCAGCCGAUGACUCAGCAUCUUCACAUCACCUACAAGAAGGUGACCCCAUGAACCAGCGAGCCUCGUCCUUGUCCUCAAGGGCGGGGCCUCCGGGAAUGUCCUAGCUGCUUGUAUCUGACAGUUUGGCUUGGCCGCGUCCCUGAAGCAGAGCCGUGUGGCCUGGAAGCACUGCGGGCACAAGAAUGUUGUUCAGAUGUUCCUGUAAUGGAGUCGAAAAACCAAAUAAAAGGCCUUUAUUUUUAUGGCUGAGGAUUUUGAAUAUUAUCACUGUGUAGACUGUACGUUUUUUCAUCUGCUUGUGAUUGUUUUCCAAAGUCUUUAUUCUAAGAAAUUAAGAAGGGAUGUCUCUUCCCUUCUUUUCUUUUUUUUUCCUGCAGUUUUGACAAGAGCUAAAAUAUUUAUAAAUCUUCCAUGAAGUAGGCAACAAUAACUGAAGGCAAAGUUGGGAAAAAAGGCUGCAGCCUAUUUUUUGUUACCUUUACAAAAAGAUAACAGAGGCCAAGGACCCAGCCACUGUGGUCAGAGGGCCCUCGCUCCCAAGACGAGAGACUGCUUGUUAAUUUAGCACUGUUAUGUGAAUUCUGUAAUAUACUACUACUUUUGUCUUUUGUUUGCUUUGUUUACCAUGAAGCUUCCAAACAAACACCCCAUCACCCAGGUUCAACAACUGCCGAGUUCCUCUGUGUGUGUGCUAGAGCAUUUCUAAGCAAAUUCCAGACAUAAUGGCAUUCACCCUUGAAUGCAUUGAUGGGCAUCUAAGAUCAAAAUGACACACUUUUCUU